UUCUUUCUAAUGACACAAUGAGGACAGCCAAGCCAACAUGAGCUCCGUCAUCGUUAAUACGGCUCCGACCGUGACCGUAACGAUCAGCAGCAGCCGGAACUCCUUUACGGCUGAGAAGAGGCUGGACCGGGGCCUCACUCUUGCAGAGAUGAAGUGUAAGCUGGAGCUUGUGGUGGGAUCUCCGGCAUCUUGUAUGGACUUGCAGCUGUACAACACCGACAACAGAUUUCUGCUCAACCUGGAUCAGGACGAUGCCCUCCUGGGAUCCUAUCCUGUUGGCAAUGGCUGCAGGAUUCACGUAAUAGACAAGAGCGGAGCCAGAAUCGGAGGAUUUGAGGACCUUUCCAGAGUGGAGAAAUAUGAAAUAUCACAAGACACCUAUGAGAAAAGAUCAGAUUCAGUGCGCUCAUUUCUCAAGAAGAAUAGGAUGGGUAAAUUUAACGAGGAAACUGCCCAGAAGGCGGCGGAGCAACAUCGGAAACUGGAUGAGGAGAAAGCAGCAGCAGAAACCAUUAAUGUAGGGGAGCGAUGUGAAGUGCGGUCGAUAGGUCAACCCACCAAGCGGGGUACAGUUAUGUACGUGGGUUUAACAGAUUUUAAACCUGGUCACUGGAUCGGAGUUAAAUAUGACGAACCAUUAGGAAAACAUGAUGGCAGUGUUGAGGGAAAACGCUACUUCACAUGUCCUCUGAAGUUUGGUGCCUUCAUCAAGCCUCAGUUUGUAGUAGUUGGAGACUUCCCAGAAGAAGACUAUGGUUUGGAUGAUGAGAUGUGACCUCCCGCAAUAUCUCUACUUUUUGCCUCUUACCUUAAAUACCUGACUUGCCCCACCCAUAUCCCAGUUUUGUUUUCUUUGCCAUUUGAUUCUUCUGACGAAACCACCAAUCCGCACCGUGACCGAAGAAGACAUCUUACUACACAAUGUCACAGCAAACGACUCCAUUUAGUCUCAGACUCAACUAAUAGACAAGGGGUAUGAGUGGGCGCGCAACUGGUUUUCAUACAGAAGACUCCAAAACUACAUAACCACACAUAAAUGUAAAAAUAACAUGACCCGCCCCCCACCAACAUCGAGAAACUAUACCUCCUAAAAUCCCCAAUAAAACACUCC